AUGUCCUCGGGUGGAAGAGAAGUUCAACACAUAAAGCAAAGUGAUGGAGGCGAAGCCUUUCUUCACAACCACUACGUGACAACAAACAUGUAUACCUACGGCUCCUACUGGAACGGCUUUAAACCGACCUUUAAGACUUUUGAGGGCGCUGGUUAUGUCACCAACAAUCGGCCGGUUGUGCAGUACUGCACUGAGCUGGAUCGUGUCGACAAUCCGGCAAUGAUGUAAGCUGCCAAUUUCCUUAAAUUUUCUUCGACCAACGCAACAGUGAGGAAUUGCGUUGCAAUUACGUGACUACUAACCAGGCCACCUAUGUACCCUAUGGGAAAAAGCACGGCAAGGAACAACUACCACCAGCAACUUACCAGCCAAGGGAGUCGAUAUUCUUCCUUAAGUCAAUAAACUCACCUCCAACACAGCAGGUAGGCCAGUGUCUGUUAGUAGUAUGUAUGGCUUACGAUUCAGUUGGCAGACACCUAUCACACCGAAAGGUUCAAACUAGCUGGUAUAUCCACCCCGGAGUAUCAUCGUGCUCUUCUAUGGAAAGUGCACAACAAAGACAGCCGGAUGGAUGAAAAUGCCCGAAAUGUAGGGAUUAAUUGUCUUUUUGCCAUUUUAACAUAGGGUCCCGGCCUAUGGUCUACACAAUAUUCCACCGACUAUGUUCCAAAGAAGCAAGCAACAGGUAACCUUGACUGAGAACAAGUAAUGGGACAUGAUAAAAUUAAAUGUCGUUUUUGAUUGUUUUUACAGUGCGAAAGGUGCAUGCAGUCAGUCGACUUGUGACCGCGGUGAGCAAAGAACCCGAACGAGGUUCUUCUGCACGAGCAAAACCGACUUUCGUAACCUGAUAGCGGCCCCCUCUGCUGUUGUUAAUAUGCACUAACCCAGUUACUUAGAGUGGCUCUGAUGGGCCUUAUAAAUCACAUGAAAACUCUGCUGGGACCCACACGAUCCCCGGAAUCAAUAACAUGUGCAAGAAUGACGCUGUUUACGCCCAUAGUUUUGCCUCUUACAAGCCAUACCAGGAGGUGUUCUGGUAUUCUUCUGGAUAAGCGCCGACUCGUGCGUCCAAUAUAACCUUCUCCACGAGAGCAAAUGAACGAGUAGAUGCACAAUGAAGUGGUCUGAGGUGACAACCUAUCCCUAAAUUCUCCGCGUAAAACAGGGUUAGUAAAGAAGGUUUGUGUGACAGCCUGAUCAAGGAGUCUUCGUAGGAGUUUACUCCUAGCGUCCCGUUGAGUAAGGACUAUGUGGAACAGUGUUUUCUUUUUGGCAGUCAGUUUAAUGUGGGUGUUCUGGUCAUUCGAAAAUUUUCUAUGCAACAUAGCGGUCAGGAUACCAGUUUUCGCGAAGCAAGUCAUAGAUUUUCCUAGGAUUUUCAGCAGUGCUGUCCCUCAAACAGACUUUUUUAGCCUUUUGCAACAAACACCCGACUGGACUUCGUUUUUGUUAGAGGAGCUCGAACAUGUUGAAUUUCGUGUAUCUUUUGCUUUACUGUUUACAAUCAUCCAAGGAAAUCGACGUUAUGGUCCCUACGUAAGUUAUAGUUCACUCGAAGGUAUUGAAGAAGGAGACACGUUCGCUGGAACAAGAGCUUUAUCCGCCUGACGUUUCAUAUUACUUCUCGAACCCAUCAUCAGAGACAAAAGCAGAUAAGGGUGGUUCAUGUAUAAGGGGCUACAGUUUUUAUAGGAUGCAGUCGCCAUGCUACCGCAUGCUUAUGGACAUUCACGGCUCCCCCCUUCAUCAGGGGUCGUUGCACGUGGUGUGAUGGCCGACAUUCGCGUCCUUUUUUGCUGCAAUUUCAUCACGUGCGUUGGAUGUUGGUGUGAUGAUUGCUUGGCCAUCUGACGUGCUGGCCCUAAUGUUGGGAAAAGUGUUCACCGGCGCGCUCCCCGCGUGGCUUAUUACUCAGCCUAGACUAGGUCUCAGCACCGAGUAUGGAAUGAGAAGGUCAUUGCACUUGUUAAUUGACUGGGGCCCAAUAAACAGUGAUUCAAGUAGCUCCCCGCUCACGCGGUUGUCACCUCUGGCGAGAAUUUCAGCCUCGUCGAAUUUGAACGUCUGGCCGGAUCUUGUCGAAUGAGCCGCAACUUGAGAGCUAGCGUCAUUUCUCCGCACCGUUGCAGCGUAUCGACCAUUCGCGUUCGGAGCUGUCUUCCGGUUACUCCGACGUAGUUGCUUUGCCCGCAACUGCACCAGAUCCAAUAAACGACUCCAGGCGUUUCCUGCCGUGGCAGUGGGUCUUUCGGUUUCAGUAACUGGCGCCUGAUGGUUGCCUCCGGUCUGUCUGUAACUGCAACCGCAAGUGGUGCGAGAAGGCUGCCGGCAGCUUCCUGAACGUUCUUGACAUAUGGAAGGUACUUUGAACAGGAGCUGCAAAAAGGCCCGCAGCUCCGAUUCAGCUAGCGCCUGAUGUUUUGUGCACACCUCAAAUAAAAAUAACGAUCUUCAAGAAAGCGAAGGCGGCCAUUGCCCAAAAUGGCAUACUAAAUGCCGCGUUUCACCAUAAUCAAACGUUCUUACUGAAGAAGGCGUAACUUGCGGAGGUUGAGUGUGAAAAGUAUUGUUAGCGCCUUCGUUUUAUGAAUGCAUACAAAGCAAUCAACAGGUAUUUUUUAACUGAAACAGCGUGAAAAAGUCACUGUUGUUUUUGCUGUUUCCAUUUCACUGUUGACAGGCCUUCAAGGGAAUCAACCGUUCGCAAGUUAAAUUCUAAUCAAAGGUACUCUGACUCGAUGCUGUAAAAAAUGUCCGCUUCGUCAGGCUUACCACAAAGGUGUGCAUAUUUGAGGAAGAAAAGUGAAAUACCAGCACUGUUAGUGCCUCAAAUAAAAUUAAAGAUCAAGCGAUUAAUUUCAUAAAUUAUUCAGUGCAGGACAUGGGGUUAAGUCUCCGGGACAUGGCUGACCGUAAAAAGUCGCACGCCGGAGAAUUAGCUCCAUGUGCUGUGCUGAAUAAUUUGUGAAAUUAUUCGCCUGAUUCUCCUCUGAAGUUCAUAUACCAGAAACCGCAUAGGGGACGCUGGGGGACUCACUGAGGCGCGGAAUCCCACACAGCGGCAGAAUAUCGGCGAAACGCGCGUCUGGGUUUUUAGCUAGUUUUUAGCUUUGCCAAAAUUAAUGAUCUUCAGAGGAGAUGGUCAUGGGAGCACAACUAAGGGCGCUUGUCGCACAACGCGUGACUAACAGAGGUCGAAUAGCAACAAUACUAUUAGAGCCUCCGUUUUAUGAAUCUGGGGAAAGUCAACCUCUUAUAUGGCUUCGUUGUACAUUCCAGUAAGCUUGCUUUAUUGACCUUAAACUCCCUGAGUCGAGAAGGAGUAUUGACACGAACUUACUCUCAUUGGUUCCUGCACUCAGUGUCUAAUCCAAAUUCUUUUUGACUUCCGUCCUUAUCAGCGCCGCUCGACCCCAGCAGAAUGGGUCGAAAGGAACUGAGCGGGUUUUGCGUCAAUAAUAAGACAGCCGAGACACUCUCCGGGCGUCCUGACUGCUGCUUCGCCGAGUCGGGUCCAAGCUGGCUGACUCCACGACGGACUAGCAACUCCGUCUACCAAGUGGACUUCCAGCCCUACGGCCGCAGGCCUAUUGAAGUGAAUGAAGGCGGUCCGGCUUCAGUUAUGUCCGAUGGAUUCAUCUUGAACAACAAAGUCCAGCAGGACUUUGUCCCAAGAAGAACUGACAAGGCGAGUGUCACCUCCUACUUACCUAAUCCUUUUUCCGUUUUACGGAUUGAGAAAUCGUAGUGUAAGGACUCCCUAAGAUGUCCGCCCGGAUGCAUACGGCAAAUUAGUGUUUGUAUGUAUCCCAAUAUACAAUUAAAUGCAGGAAGGGGUUUUAAUGAUAUAAAAUAAGCCGAAAGAGUCCUCCAUACAAGACAGAUUUCGAAAUUAGACUAACAAACAAAACGCGUGCCAGUUGAAAAGGUACAUGGGUUAGCCUAUUUUAUGCACUGUUAACCGAAAUUUUGAAGUCUGUUUUCGAUGAGAAAGGACUACCCGAGUGGGCUUGGGUUAUUCCCUCUCUCACAGCAUAAUCCCAAAACAUUCAAUUCACAGCAGAAAGCUGACUUUUGCAUGUGUUCCUGCAAAAACCACAUUAGGCAAGGAAUUGCCAUUUAGGUAAUAUGAAAUUAUUAAUUAAUUCUUGCUGUUCAUAUAUUUAUCUAUAUAUAUCUUGCAACAACAUGCACAAAAUCUCCUUUCCUGUGACCACCUUUAGCGGAUUACGUGCUCUUCAAAAUAUAUAGUCUAAGAAAGGGCGUCAUUCGAUUUUUAAAAAAAGGUUUUUUCACUUCCCGUGUAAUUUUAAACCCCAGUCGUCUUUGCAUUCACGUUUAACGUUUGCAACAUGCAAGUCGUACACUUUUCAUGUAAGCAGAAUAACAUAUUUUUUAUGUCAUCAAGUAGAUGCCAUGCAGAAUUCAUAAACUUUUGAGCUGAAUGUGGAGUAUUCCGUGAAGGGUGUUAGCGCACGGACGACUAUGAUGCUAUCUGAACGGACAUUUUACAGUGUUCAGAAAAUCUCAAAAUUACGAACCCUUCUCAAACCGUAAGAUACCACUUCUUCAGAUAUAAAUUUUAUAGAAGACGUGGCUUACCAAUAAAAGAGCACAAAAAGGAUAUAUAUACGUACUUUUUCUAAAAAAUACAUUCGAACUUAUAUGGUCAACGAAAGUCGGUAGGCAAAAUGUAUACUACACAAGCAGUCAUUUUUACCGAGGGUGGUUUUUGCUGGCGACUGAAAAGAAGCGUUAUCAAACGCCGGCAUCCCGACAUGAAUUACACUGCACGACAAUGUUACAGCCCCACUUUAGUAAACCCUUCUAAUCGAAAACAUAUUUCAGAAUUUCGGCUAACAUUUCAUGAGGUACGCCACCUACGACAGUUCGACCUUUGUUCGACCGACGAUAUCCGCCGUGUGCUCCACAGCAGGAUGAGAGCGGAGACGGUAACUUGCGCGUAAUUUAGUUCAUAGUCAGAGUAGACUUGCGCUGCAUCUACCACACUCUCCCCUCCUGCCAUCCACUUGGCCCUGUGUCAAGACAGAGUCAAGAAGAUCGGAGGUGCGAGGGGACACAGGUGGCUGGCAAGACGAAGACCAGCACCUAGGCGUACCGCGACACCUCCUGGUCCACACAAAAAAUAGCCAGGAUUUUACACUAAAGGAAGGAAGAAGUUGGCUCAGAUCUCACGGGAUGAGAGUGCCAUACGAGUCAAAUUAAGAAGGAGCCAUUGCAAUCGCCUACUGUAUACUUCACUGCUGUGUUAAAAGCACGCUCUUAAAUGGAACUCACAGAGCAAAGUUUUAAAUUCGACCAUUUAAGUCUGGAGUUUUCACCUAAGUCCUUUUCUUUAGAUAAGAUUACUCUUACUUGCCUCACAGGUCUUUGUCAAGGCUGAGGAACUGCCUUAUGGAAAACUCGACAAACUGAAGAAAACCGAUCGCGCAGAAUACUGGAACGCCUAUAACGCAAGUCGGUAUCCGAGGUGUGUUUGUAUAAGUGCAAUAAUUGUCUUUUAUCUGUUAGGCCUCAGAUGAGUCGCAUGAUAGAACGGGUGCAGGUUUUCUGUCACGCUGAUUGUACUUUCUACUGUGUUCUCUGUGAGUCGGGGCUUAAAAUACAUUAAGUUUAUCAAGCAGGACUACUGACAUUUAUUUGUAACUUACGAGUCUUCUUUGCAAUUACUAAUGAUUGCAUUCUUCGACAUUUUCGCCGUCGUUUUACGAUACCUGCUGAAAUAAGAUAACCUUCCCUGAUGCGACUAACAAGAGGUAACGCUGUCUAAUCUCAUAUAAGACAGAUGAGAUAACUUAAAACUCUGUUCACAGAAAGCGAAAUGUCUCCCACUUGAGAUGAUGAAAUGCCAACUAACCCAGAGACGUCUACUGUUCACUACACGGAGGAAGAGCUUAGCGGUAAGACGACAGGGCCCAUUCAGGUUGGCUGCAAUGGCUCUCUUAGCGGCCGCAAAGUACGCACCCGUGCAAACCCUUUUGACCUAGAUGAGUAAGACUUUGUAGGCGUGCCGGAGACAAAUAUGACACCAAUUGCCGAUUGAUUUAUGACCUCAUUUCCAAAGGUCUUGACUUACAUGAACUAGAAUAACUACAGUAAGUAGGCUAACUUUUGAAAUCUCAACAGAAAUUGCGAAUUGCGGUUUAAAAAAGUUCCAUAUUAUGAGCUUUUUUAAUACCGUGAAAUGGCCCUUCAUAAAACGUCAUGUCUCUGCAUUUAUCAAUGUGGCUUGUAAAGUUAACAAUGUGGCUCGAGUCCACUGCCUAAUUUUAUGAACACUAUAUGGUCUCCUCCCAAAACCGUAGAGAAAUGUAUGAUUUUCCGUACGCAGAAAUUUUACGGCUUGUAGUUUGGGAACCCUGGAUGCAAGUGUAACGGCAGGUUGGGUUCAAAAUUAUUCGGGAUUGGAAAAGUUUUAUAAAACCAAAUUAUAUCCUUCCUUCGAGUGUAACAUUAAAAGAAGACGUAAUUUUCUACUGACUGAGCAAAAGAAUGAAUACUUUUGUGCAUGUUUCAAUAAAAUAUAAUUGAAUCUUUAAGGGCAUCGAAAAUCAAUGAAAAACAUGCAUGUUACAUAAGUAGUCAUUUUGUACGGAGUAUGGUUCUUGCAUGCAUUCAAAAAGAAGUUUGUUCGAAAGCCGGUGUCCUGGCGUAACUGAAUUAUUAUAGAAUUAUGCUGCAUGAUAAUUGAUUUUACAACCCUACUUGAUUAAUCUUUUCGAAACGGAAACGCAUUUCGGAAUUUCUGUUGACAUUUCAUGAGUCAGCCCACCUACUCUAUAAGAACACAAUUUCAUGGUCGAAUUGCCUAACACACGACAGUUCGUCCGUCGAUUUCGACGAUGACCACCGUGUGCCCCACAGACUGCAUUGUGGGAGCAGGGACGGUGACUUGCGCAGGGGUUUAUAGUGCCAGUAGACUUGCGCUGCAUCUACCUACACUCUCUCCUCCUCCCCCGCCUGGGCCCGGUGUCAAGACAGAGUCAAGAAGACCGGAGACGAGGGAGGCCGCAGGUGGAUGGCUCAGACGGAUCUUCGCCUUGGCGCUCCACUCCGCACCCCUGGUCCACACACCAAUGACCAGGAUUUUGACCACAAAACAAUGGGGUGGAGGCAGUGGUCCAGUUGAGCGACGAAUGCCGCGACAACAGGGUCCGCCAGCGCACCCCGCAAAUGUUGGCAUUUGUUAUUGCGCACAUAUAACGCCUGCCAGAGUCCGAUGUGGCCCCCGUGUUGGUCCAGCGCAUCUAACACGUGGCCCGUUCUGAGGGCACGCCUAACACACAAUUAGUAGUCCAAUUGCAUUCACGGCCGGUGAUGUGAAAACCUCUCAGGUAAAAACUGUGGUGUUACAGUAUGCGCACAGACCGGAGGUAUGUUUACCUACCGACCAUUACCGUCUCCUUUCGCCGGAGUGCAUGUCCGCCCGGAAGAAAUUUAUGAGACUGAGCAAACGUCCAGGGACUAAGGUGCAUUUUCUCGACAUAGGGGUCCCCUACGUGGACGAAGCAGCUGAUUAGCGUCUGCAUUAGGUUAAGCAGUAUCUCAAUAGUUGGGAAGUCUAUAAAGGAGCAGCUGGUAUGGAACCUCGCCAGGAAUAUUUUCAUACUCGCUGCAAGACUUAUCAAAGCUCCUUAUCGCGACGCUGGAUUUAAAAUUUAUAAUAUGGAGCCUGAAGGCUGUUGGCGAACUAGUGUCUCAGUGACUCUUGCCCUCAGGUCGACUUGGCUUUGAAUCAUUGAUUUCGCCUGCUAACAAAGACCGUGGAGAUUCAAUUAACGGAGCAGUUUUUUGUCCGGCUCAAGCUGACUGCUGGACAGAAGGCGCUCCCGACUGACUUAAGGGGAGAGAGAGUGGACUUCACCGCCUAAAAACUAGAGUAUGAGCUUUACGUCUUACAAUAGAGCAAUCCCCCGGAAUCCUUCAAGGUGGUUGUUGGGAAAACGAGAAACUAUCGUUUGAGAGCCCUUAACGUCCAUUACAACGAAAGACUGAAGUGAACUUUUUUGAUUUUUGCCAUAAGCAACCAAUCAAGACCCCGAAAGUGUUGUAUGAGAGUACAGUACGUGACCUAUCUCAUGAAAUCUAAUAACGAAACUGAUGAGAGAAUUUCUGGACGUCUUUGAGGUUGCGCAUUUUGUUCGCUCAUCAACAUCAUUCAAUGAAAUGUCCUUGUGCAGAAAUUGUGUUUACGUAAUUAUAUCGAGUAAAAUAUUAGUGAGUUAUAGCGAAAAUGGACGUUAGAAUAUAUUUGUGCAAUUUCCUAUGCUAUUACAUGCCAUAGACUCCGGUUACGCAUCUGAGUGACUUUUUCAAUGAAAACAUAGUAAGUUACCCGGGAGGGUUUAUUAGACAGACUUAGCCGAACUUGAAAAUUUAAUUUAUGUGCGAUGUUAACCGUGGUAAUUAACCUGCUAACACAAAGGUUAUUUUAAGAAAACCAGAGAUUUUAUCAAUUCCUAAAUGUCAAAUUAGCAUAUCGGUGCGAUUUGAUGCAUGUCACUUUAUGAAAACAUUUGUGCCUACGAUGUCGCCAACGGUGAAAUCAAGCAAAAUCCAGUUUAUCUUGUUGAAUUCAUCUCAUUUAACUCAAACGAGUCAAGGAUAACACGACUCCCUGGAUAACUGUUUUGGAAUUUACACUCAGAAUUUUGGCAGUUGACAAACCGUCAUAUGUGAAAUCACACUAAUUAUUAAAUGAUAUUAAGAUGUAAACUUCACUGAACCACUAUUAUUAGACGUUAUUUUAUUUCUACUUUUAUAUUUACUACGUUUUUGGUACGAGAAUACAUUAUAUACGUCGAAAAAAGAAGUUUACCAAAUUAGAACCAUUUCUGACGUUUUCUGGAUAUUGCGCUUUUCUAAAGAAAUCUGCAGUUUUAGACAACACAACACUGCCUUUAAUAUUUCCUUUAUGUUUUUAAUUCUUUUAAACUUGUACUUAGUUAACAUAGACAUUGGACUUAUGAAAUGGUGUCGGCUUGCGAGUGAUUGUCAUUCAUUCGUAAAUUUCGACACAUUUAAUGAGUUGGGUCACUACUUGUAUUUUAUUUUUAAAAAAACUAUAAUGGGCCAAAGCUUUACUCAGAUAUUAACAUUUUGGCUAUUAAAAUAUCAGGAGUCCCCUGACAAUUUGCCCUUUCGACGAACUGUUCGUUGGGAGCAUGACUAUUUGUCGCGAACUUUUUGUCCAUUUUAGUAUAACCCAUGAUGAGUACAAGUAUCCUCCACAUGAGGAAAGGAUGAAAGUGCCCGACGCCUCGGACAGCGAGCUGAAGAAACGCGAGUCUACCGGAACCAUACGAAAUAUACCGCCCGUGUUAGACGGCCUUCCCUGUGCUCCCGAUCACUUCGUGACGCACAAUAUGACAACUGUGAGUCCCUGUCAAGCUUCUAUGCUUCGGAAUUCUUUCAGUAAUAUGUUAUGGUUGCUCAAGCGGUCGAAAGAGAAGCUCAGCACUUGACGACGGGUCAAGUACUGGCCAAUUUGCCCUCGAACAGGAGGCUGGUGGAUUAUUCGCUAGUGAAUUAACUCAAUCGAUUUAACUUAAUGAUCUGUUUUAAAUUUGUUCAGUAUACGCGGGUCUCUGAUAAGUUGCCUAGCAGACUAUCAUCGUGGAUGGAAAGUUCUGCUUCCAGACACAGUUAAUUUUAUAUAUUUCUUAGAACGUACUUCUGGACUUCCAGUCAUGAGCUUACUCAAAUAAAGCACGCAUUUAAUCAAAAAUCAAUAAUUAAUUGACAUGUAUUUCCUCGCCUAUUUUCGAUGGUUGCAAGACUAAGUCAAAUUUUCGGUCAGACGUGGUCACGUACUCGCAUCUGAGACAAGCGAACCCCAGCCACCUGUAAAACCGAACCGGUGGUAAUAGGGGUUUUAAUAGGUGGGGCCGUAGAACGCACAGCCAACGAGGUCAAGUAAUUGUAUGCAAAAAGAAUAUCUAUUGAAAAUGUGCGGUUGUACUUUGAGUGGUUGAGAAAUAGUUGCUCUAACGCUUAACCGUAACCCUUAACCCCUAACCCUAAACACUAACCAUAACCUCUGACCUUAACACUUAACCCUAACCCCCAACCGCUAACCCUCACCCCUAGUCAGAGUCCCUAACCCCUAACCAUAACCGCUAAGCAUAACCCCCAACCCUUAACCACAGCCUUAUUGUGAGUCCCUAUCAAGCUUUUAUGCUUCGGAAUGUUCCAAGUAAUGUGCUAUGGUCGCUCAAGUGGUCGAAAGAGAAGCUCGGCACUUGACGACGGGUUUAGUACUGGCCAAUUUGCUCUCAAACAGGGGGCUGGAGGGUUAUUCGCUAGUGAAUUAACUCAAUCGAUAUAACACCAGGGAACUUAUUGAUCCGCUUGAAAUUUGUUCAAUUUGGAUGGGUCCCUGAUAAGUUGCCUAGCAGAGUAUCAUCGUGGAUGGGAAGUUCUGUUUGCAGACUCAGUUAAUUUCCUGUAUUUUAUAGAAUGUACUUCGGCCACCUGUAAAACCGAACCGGUGGAAAUAGGGGUUUUUAUAGGAGAAGCCGUGGAACGCGCAGCCAACGAGGUCAAGUAAUUGUAUGAAAAAGAAAAUCUAUUGAAAAUGUACGGUUGUACUUUGAGUGGUUGAGAAAUAGUUGCUCUAACACCUAACCGUAACCCAUAACCCCUAACCCUAACCACUAACCAUAACCUCUAACCUUAACACUAACCACCAACUCCUAACCCCUAACCAUAGUCCCUUACCCUAACCCCUUACAACAACCGUUAACCAUAUCUCAAACCUUACCCUAAGCCCUAGCGCCUAAACCCGGCUCCAACCCUUCAAUCCUAACCCCAACCCUUAACCGCAGCUCUACUGUGAAUCUCUGUCAAGAUUUUAUGCUUCGGACUUUUUCAGGUAAUAUGUUAUGGUCGCUCAAGCGGUCGAAAUGGAAGUUCAGCAUUUGAUGAUGGGUGUAGUACUAGCCAAUUUACCCUCAAAUGGGAGGCUUGGGGGCUAUUCGCUAGUGAAUUAACUCGAUCGAUAAUUUAUGAUCCGUUCUAAAUUAGGGUAAGAUGUAGUUAUGCAGCCGCACCUGAUGGACGCAGUACUGUUAACUUACUUAGUUAUUCUGAGUUGGUGAUUACGUUGGCAUGGUACUGCUGUGCGUUGCGGUGUGUGUGUUUUGUUGGCGGCCUUGUUUCCUUGUUGCCGUGUCUACCUUUUUUGGCCCAAUGCCAGUCGUCCUUCUUGACUUUCGGCCUGUCGUCUCCUUCUAACUUUCGCGUUGGAUGUUUUAGGGUUAGGGUUUAGGGCUGCAGCUAAGGGUUGGGGUUAGGUUUAGGGGUUAGGAUCAGGGUCAGGGUUAGAGGGUUAGCGUUAGGACUUAGGGUUAGGGUUAGAGCUAGGCGUUAGGGGGGGGGGUUAAAGUUAGGAGUUAGGGUUAGGGGGUAGAGUUAGGACAGCUGUUUCUCAACCACUCAAAGUACGACAGCGCAUUCCCGAUAGCUUGUAUGUUGCAUACGGCUACUUGAUCUCAUCGCCCGUGCGUUCUCUGACCCAACCUGUAAAAACCCGUCUUACCACCGGUCUCGUAUUACAGGUGGCUGGGGUUUGUUUACGUCAGAUGCGGCUACAUAACCAUAUGUGAUCUAAAUUAGCUCAGUAUGGAUAGGAUUCUGGUAAGUUGCCUAGCAGACUAUCAUCGUAGAUAGGAAGUUCCGCUUCCAGGCUCAGUUACUGUCAUAUACUUCGUAGAACGUACUUCGGACUUCCAGUCGUCAGCCUACUCAAAUGAAGCAUCCAUUUAAUCAAAAACAGUACUCACUUGUCGUGUAUUUCCCUCACUACUUUCGAUGGUUGCAUAGACUCUGCCCAAUUUCCUAAAGAAACUGCUCAAAGAUUAUUUUUCUCCCAACUUUUUAGAGCGAUGUCCUCAUUAGAUUUUUAAAAAGCGACUGCAUUUUGGCCUUAAGGGAAUUUUUCUAAACGCGCCUAUAAAUUUUCUCUGUAAGUACGGUUUGUAAAGUAGACCUUUAGUACUCUCUCUCUCUCUAAGAUACAAUUCCAGAGACCAAUUUCCAGAUUUUAAUAAAGUAUUGCAAUGAAUGUGGACCAUUCUGUCCAGAAAUAGACCAGUAGCAUUCAUGUAAGAUUCUUAAAAUUAUAAUGUGAAUGCAUUUUCCAAAGCCAAAAUGCAAUUACCCUCGUCGAUCACGCGUGUUGCAUUCCAGAAUCGCCGCGAAAAGCGAAAAUCCACUAUGUAAAAACCAUAUGUUUUAAUAGUCUUUUGGACUAAUUAAUGAAGUCAGAAUUUAUAACAAAGCUGCCAGCAUUGCCCACAUGACUAGUGUCAUGCGAUCGUUUUGGGUCUUAACCUCCGGGACGACUGCAUCUUCCUUCCUGACAAAAGCAAGAGACGACAUCCACUCCUAAAAUAGGGCAGUCUCAUCUAUUUGGUCAUGCCAAGGAUCGUUUUGAAUGACUGCGGCUUUGCCUGCGGAGACAGGAUCUCCAUGCAGGUGCAUGUUGGCCAAAUUAAUUCUUUCCCUGCAUUUUCCACUCCAUCCCCCUGCUAGCAGUAAAUUUACUUUUCUUGCUGGGGGUGUCAGUAGAAGUUCCCGGCUGAGAGUCGUCGUCUAAUGCAUCCCCGGCACCAAAAAAUCUCUCAUGAAGUAGGUUGGACUUCUCUUGGAUGAUAUUAGUGUUUUCGGAUAUGCCCUUCCGGCAGUCCCCAAUCGAACUCCCCGAAGCAGAUUUCAGCCCAAGUACAACUCGUCUUGCCCCCCGGAUAAACGACAUUGAGAUCGUAGAAUUCACUUUAUUUCCAUCCUUUCUAAUAUAACAAACUUUUUUGCUGGCGCUUUGGCGUGUCGUCGGAAAUAGUGGAAGAAGCAGAUCGUUUUUGAGGCAUAAUAAAGGGUAUAAAAUGUAUCAUUUUAAGCAGCGAAGUCUGGUGGUGCCUCAUGAGCGAGAGGACAUGCUUUCUAACAAAAAGCGGAAUAUGAUGCUGCUCUCCGCCGAGCCAAUCAACGCCCAGGAGCCUAAUGUCGUGCUCUGAUAGGGUAGAUUCUCAGCCAGCCAUCAAUAGCCUCCCAUAUAUGAAAUUAACUGGGUAAACUAAGUACCAGGAAUGAAGGGGUCCAAUGUCCACAGAAAUCCGCAAAUCAGCAAAAAAAAUCGUGGUAAAGUGAAGCUGUGAAGGUCCACGGGCGAUAUGGCAAGAGCUAACUGCAUAUCUUUUCGGCAUAGUAUUUCAAAAAAGCAUAAAUUACAACAAGAUGGCCAUAUAAAAUGAACGCUUGUGCGUUAUUUAUGGAGACAUGAGUCAUUCUGUACAGGCAGAGAAAAAUGGGCAAAAAGAUCGUUUUCCAGAUAUGACUUGGUAUGUUUGACCAAGUACCAGCUUGCUACCACGCAGGAACUAAUUCAUAAAUCCCCUGUGCGUCGAAUAAAAGGCUUACUCUAAUUUUAACUAUCUGGUGCGAAUCUGUGCCAAGGAACUGAUCAUUAUUAGAUACCCAAUGUUUCUUCUGGCCUCGUUUAAACGUUCCGGAUGAAAUCUCUCGUUGAGAAGCAAGUUGCUUACAUACAACCCGUGCCACGUAGUAAUACACCUACUGAAAUUGGCCAGAAAAGACAGCUGUUGCGGAGAUUACAUCUGUUUAUGUUCAUGUGAUACCCUCUGGGUUCAGGUCACCGCCGUAGGGGCUGCGGCCGCGCAGCAAAUAUUUGAAAAAACAUUGCCCACUGAGAAGGAACUAGUAGAAGCAGUGAAAUACGGUACUUUUAGUCCAUCGUCGUGUUUAUGCACUCCCGCUUGGUUCUCGAUCGCAGUAGUUAGGUAGCGAUUCCUCAGGACGAAUAGGCAUUCAGUAAACCAAAAGUAACUGCUUCCUAAGUCUUUAAUGCCCCUUUCGAACAAUGACUUUUAGUACUUACUUAAAAAAUCCUAUCGACUAAAACAAAGACAUUGGAAUGCCUACUUUGUCUUACUCGUCGAAAUCAGCCGAUGAUGCGCUAAGCUCAGACUACAAACCAAAAAGCUGGAGCGGAGAAGUUGACCGCCCACCAACACCCUCAUCGUUCCGGCACCGCCCACGCCUACCGGGCUGAUGUCAGGAAAAGUUAUUGACAAGAGAAUGACCUAUUGAGGGUCCUCCUGAUUUUGGGCCAAAAUGACUUUCGCGUUCUGCCUAGAAGUUAUGAGAUAUACCACCCACGCAGCAUUUCGUAUGUAGGCUAACAUGCAGCAAUCGAUAAGAUUUUGCUGACAUAUAAAGGGUCCCAGAAUGGCCAUUUCCGGCCUAUAUGGCGUUAUUAGUCGAGUUACUGCACUCCGAGGCCGCACAUAUGUGCUUGGAACUAGCGUAAGUUGAUCACUUAACUACGGACUUGAGUGCCGUUGAUUGAUAAUAAGUGUAUCCGGUGGAUUCAUAAGUCUGUAUGAUGCUAAUAGUGGUCUGUUAGCAACUGUUUCCGCCGGGAGAUGAAACUAUUUUCUCCGAGAUGUCAAGCAGACCGUUUUUGACCCACUGCGGUAUAAUAUUGACUUGCCCGCAAAGACCAUCGAAUACUGUAUGCGAAGUAGGCAAAGAAAUGCAGCUGAGUGUAGUAGAUAUCAAAAUGAUUGAAAAACUGGAUCAUAUGUUUAUUUAUGUCCAUGAACGAAGGAGAUUAGAUCGAUCGGUUGUCUGCUGUGAUAAAAACUAUAUGGAGGGGAAACCAAUUCAAGAACUAUAACGUGGCCAGACUUCCUAAUUAACAUCCCUGAUUAUUUCUAAUUACCACAAUCACAGUGGUAUCUUGUGAUCAUUUGCUUUUUUCAUAGCCGUAAUGGGCCUGCGGGUUAAGCAUAGAGCUCGCCGUCUGGCUGCAUAAUCCGUUACAGAUCGUAGCGACGAGGAGGAGGAGGGGGAGGAGGAGGAGAAGAAGAAGAAGAAGAAGAAGAAGGAAGGAGAGGAAGAGGAAGGGAGGAGGAUGAUGAGCAGUCAAGCGAUCAUUUCCUCGAUCGCAUAUGUCAGCCUUAUUUGCAAAUAUAAUUUAAAAAUCUGCCCAUAUUCUGCCACUUAGAGAGUAAUAUGCAACCGAUAAUGUGAAACUUUUAUCAUGCUAACACAAAAGUGAAAAAUGAGCAGGUUUAUCGCGGACACUGGGAGCACUUGAUUUAAGUGCUGAGGGGAGAGUCAAAAAAUUCUAUUUCGCAUGCGUAGGUUUUUGCGUUGGAAAGACGUGAAACAUUGUUAUGUUCUGUCGUAUGGAGAAAAUCGAAAUUAUGACUCAGGUUUAGAGGUGCUGAAGAUCCGAAAUCUGUUCGCCAUUUCCUAUCCAAGCUAAACUGCCCUAUAAUUUCGAUUCAUAGGUAUUUUGGCAGAUUGCGAAUGGUUAAUAUUGACCUAACUGUGAAAACUUCGGCUCCUCGGUGGGAUUCGAUCCUACGACAGCAUGGGGAAGGCUUUAGUACAGCCGACGAUUUACCCACUUGAGCUACGAGGCCCAUUGGAUUCCAGGUAGAUUACGUAGGAAAUACUGGUUGGUCAGUUAGCUUACGGUAUCAGAUUCGAUGGAUUCCAGACGAUGCAGUAGGUUAGGCGUGUAACUUGACCCAUAUGUGAUUAGACUCGCGUCUUCCGGUGGGGCCUCGUAGCUCAGAUGGUUGGGGUGUUGGAGGUACUAAAGCCUCCUUGCUAUCGCGGAUUUGAAUCCCACCAAGGUGCCGAGUUUUUCACAGCUGGGUCAAUAUAAAUUAUGAUUUAGACACGCAAAAAACGAAUGAACAGCUUUUUAUUUCUGAAUUCCACUACUGCCCCUGCUACUGCCUCUUAAUUUGUUAGUCUGCAGUUGCCACAAACGACGUGCUAUCUCUAGGUGAGGAGAUUCUAAAAGGCCCUCCGGAAAGUGUAAGAAAAUGCACGGAACUCGCACGGCGAGUAAUAGUAAAAAAACUUCUGCAUAAAUUAGCAAAAGUGGAAUCUUAAAAAUUAAUUUAUUUGUAUAAAUGAACAUCGCAUGUUUUUGUUCUUGUUUUCGAGUAGAAAAAUUCUAAUGGGUUCUUUUUAAUUAGUAUUAUUGGACGGCGCCGAGAGAAGGAUCGGAUAGACAGGGAUGUGUAAACAUGAAUACCCUUGACAUACAACCUUCUGGAUUCGUCUUGGGAACCAAACUCAAUGCGAUGGAAUCUCAGACGGAGGCGAUAAAACGGUUACCUGAGCUUUCCAACUACCAGGGAAAGUAAUUUUUUCUUUAUCUACAACGUGCGCUUUCUUAGAACAAAUAUAUUUGCUGGAGAAUUAGUGGCACCUAAAGGAAAAGCAAGCAUUGAUACGUCCGAUUUAAGUACAGUGUGAAAAAGGGUCCAGCCAAGACGUCUGUGAUAUAUAAAUAAUGAGAAUGAAACGUUAGUGGUUUUACCGAUUAAAUUUAGGCUUCUAUAUUGGUCACCUCGAAGAUGGCGACAAGGAUAUGGUGCAUGCUAAGCAGGUUCAAUUAGACUGCUAUUAGUUGUGAAUCAGCAAACAUUCAGGACUGUGGAGCCGUUUAAAUCAAACCCCGCUUCGAUUGCAGUGAAAAAAUUUCAAAUCGGGUGGCAUUCAUUAGUACUCCCAGAUGCCCAAGUGAUUGCACUUUUUAGAUAUUCAGUAAGUUGGGUCUAAUGUACCUACCAUUCGCAUGAGAUGCCUACUAGUGCAAAAGCACAAAGGAACUGAUUUGAUCCGUCAAGGCAGUUUCACGCUCCGUUCAGUCUCUUGCGCCAGCUCAGACAAUUAGCAAUCGUCAGAAGGGUAUAUCCCAUUCAUGUUCUAAUAUCUGUUUUACCCUUUCUGCUCUGUGCGCGUAGAUAGCUGAUAAGUUUAACCAAUAGGUUACGCCACCAUCCGGUCCUGAGCAUUCAGUUUUCAUCGAAUUUCAUCGCCUCUCUGCAGUCAAUCCCGUAACCUAUCUGUAGAGUCGUUCCGAUUGGACGACGGACGCAUUCCAAGUAAAUCCACCAUUUCGAUGAAAUCCACAAAAGUCUCUAGCCUACUUGAAUGGGAAUUUCCCGACUUAAGCCGGCCAACGACGUCGCUGGUUUCCGACAACCCAUAGUAUCACUGUUGGAGGGAUUCCACAAAUUCCACAAGGCCAAAAAGUGGAAAUAUUAAGGCUGGGAAGAGACAGGAGAUAGGUUGAUUACUUCGACCUAUCGAUUUUCUGUGCAAAUUUUGCGACUGUAAUCCAAGGGUGCCUUAAAACUGUUGUCGACAUGUUUUGCUAUAUUUAGACGGUUCAAAGAUAACAAUGCUGUGUUUUGAGCGAAGUUGCUUCCCAGAUGUUCUCUGCUUUAUAGGAGCGUUGUCGCCAGAGAGGAGAUUUCAACAGCCCCUACUAAAAUGUUGGCGUGA